AUUUAUUAACCUCAUAACUCUUACUGUCGUUAUUUUAUUCGCAUCAGUUUGCAUUUUGGCGUUCCGCAUUCAUCAUCCCGCCGAGAACUGCAGUGUAUAUUAUUAGCUCGUAUAUAUAAAUAUAGUAAACUUGGAUACUAGUAUUUUACGUUCCAUCGUUACCUAUAUUAUUAUUUACAAUAAUAAAAGAUAUAAUAGUUUUUUCGUCAACUAAUUUACUCGCUAACGAAUUUCUCAAGAAGUUCUCCCGACGACAGUUCAACAGAGACACACAGUCUAGUAUUAUUCACAUGUAAGUGACCGUUACGAUAUAAAUAAACAUAUAAUACUUUCGAUUUUAAUUCGAUCGAACGGUUCUGGAACCGUUAUAUUUUGACUAUAUUAUGUACGAUGUAUUUUCGAUUAAUAGUUUUUGCGUUUUUAUAAGUUUUUUUUUUUAUUUAAUGAGUUUUAUGAGCUGCCCAUUAUUUCGUGAAUUUUGGAAAGUUUAUUAGGUAGAUCAUUUUCUAGACAUAUUUUAAUAUGGUAUGCCAUGGGUUUUUUCUCUGUGUACUAUGCAAGUUUUUGUUCGAAAGAAAAUUGUAUGAAUGACUAUUUAUGUAUAGAUAUAAAUACGAAUGAUCGCUGUAUAAGUAUUAUGUUAAAAUUUUAAAAUUAUUCAAGAAAAACGAAAAUACUUAAUGUCUCUGAAGAAAUAUGAAAAACAAAUUUCACGUUAAUAACUAAUGUUAUAGUGUUAGAUAUCUAUAAUACGUUUCUACAGUCAUUUUAUGAAAUAUCUAAUAAAUCUCUAAGCGUACUUCUUAAGGUGCUUUAAGUGCUUUGUAUUUUUUGAAAAAUUUUAAAAUUUGUUUAUUUAGCGAUUCAUAUACAAAGUGUAAUACGAAGAUCUGACAUCUGAAAUAACUUUUAUUCUACCUAUUUAUUAUAAUAUUAUCAUUAUUAAUGGGUUUUUAAAAAAAAUUAUUAUUAUGCCCCUGCGCGAGAGUUAAAAAUGUUUACUAUAUUUUAAUGAAAAAAAAAUCAAAAUAGCUAUUUUCUAAAAUAGAUUUUAAAAUAAAUUUUGACGGUUAAAACUUUUAUUUAAGUAUAUGGUCAUUCAAUUUCUACAAUUUUUUGAAAUUUUUAAAAACGUGAAUAUUAUUAUUGCUUAUAAUCUAUAUUAUAAUAUUUUAUACAUUUAAUUGAUUUUUAAAAUAUAAUAAUAAUAUAAUAUAAUUUUUUCCCAUGAGUAUAAUUCAUAACAUAAUAAUAUUAUCAUAAACAAUGUCUAUUACAAUGAUUGUUGAUUGUAAAUUAUUUACAUUUCUAAAAAUUUCAACAAAUUUUAGAAAAUAAAUAACCAUAAUUAAAUAUAAGUUUUAAUCAUCAACAAUUUUCUAAAAAUCUAUUUUACAUAGUGGCUAUUUUGAUUUUUUUUUUUUUUUUAAAUAUAAUAAAAUCCCAACUUUUAAUUUUAUCGUAGAAGCAAACUUAUUUAAAAAAAAUAUUGAAUAGAACAUCAAGUGUCAUGAUAUAACACAUUAAAUAACAACAAUGAACAUUUCGUGUUCCACUAUAAUGUAUAAUAUGAUGUAUCGCGUUAUACUUUCCCACUACAAUUUUAAUCAUGUAAAUUUUUGCAUAACAAAUAAACAGAUUUGUUCAAUAAACACUACGUUAAUAUAAAAUUAAUUAUUAAGUUAAGUUGAAAAUUACUAAUAUUUGUUUAUUAAACUAGUAAGUUAUAAGUUGACUUUGAAAAAAUUAAUUUAAUCUAUUUUCUAAUCCCUCAGUGUAAUUUUUAAAUCAAACAAAGCCCAGUAUGAAAACUAUAACUAUAAACUAUAGUUUUUACUUUCCCAAUUUUUGCAUGUUUUCCACCUACUUGUUAGUAUUUAGUGAAUUAUUGAUUAUAUUAUUAUUAUCAACAUUUAUAGGAAAAUAUUCUUUAUUCAAAUAUGUGUUCAAAAAGGGCGGGAGGGUUCCUAUUUAAAAAUCAGAAGUAAGUGCUUAUUUAAGAUGUAUAUGGAGUAGGGAUCAAACAUUAAAAUUGUUUUAAAAUAAAGCUUAAACGAUUCCAUAAUGAUCAAAUUCACACUUUUCUCUUAGAUAAUUGCUGGUCCAUGAUAAAGAAAAUCACUUGUAUAUAAUUUAUCAUAUGUAUUCGAUAGUUUUUUGUUUAUGUUUGUAAAGUUAGCUCUGUAUAGAGAGAAUCCUAUCGAUGAUCGCUGUGUUAUCGGCUGGAAAGAUUUAACAUAUAAACGUACAGAUUUGACUUAAAUCAAAAAAAAAAAAAAAUAAUAAAUCACACGAAUUGUUUAAGUAAGGUAAUAAUAACGUAUCAAUGUAAAUGAUAAUUACUACUUAAGUAAAUAAAUUGGUUCGUAUAAUUCCUAAGCUUCGCGUUUAUACGGUAAUCCGUUGGUAAAAUGUGCGAUGGUCGAACAAGGGGGUUACUAACUGGAUUUAAGCACUUGAUACUCGAUAGGUAUAGGUACUGUUCCUUUUUUUUUUUUUUAUUUAUAUUACUUAACAAAAAAUUCACAAUCUGUAUACAAAUAAUAAUUAAUCCAAUAAGUAAGACAAGUGCACCCGUUGACAAAAACAAUUAUUAUUGUAUAUUUUUAAAAUUUAUUUACAAGUCACGAUACUCUCGAUUGAAGGACGCCACUUCAUCGCGUUAUAGCAUACCUAUAUUAUAUAACGUAUACCUUAUCCUAAUUGGCCUAAUCCAUUUCAACGGGUUUUAUAAAUUUGCACGUACCUAUAUACAUACACACGGUAUACUAUAAAGUGUACAUGUAAGUAUACCUGUAAACUUGUUGGUUUUAGGACGAUUUCGAAUUUCGGUUGUAAACAUCAAUAAACAUUAACGAUAAUAUAAUAUUUAAUAAUUUUAAAAAAAUCUGUACAUUUUUUUUAUAUUAUACGAGGUUAACAGUAAUAAUAUUAUUGUUGAUGGUGGAUUUCUGUAGAGUGGUCGCGAAAAAAAAAUAAAAAACACAUAUCAAUAUCGGUACGUUAAAUUUUGGAAAUUCAAUAAAUUAGGUAUAGGUAGGUACCCAAACUAUUGAGUGAAGUGGAUAUAGGAUUCGCGUAUUUUGGAGACACAAUUACUAUUACACUUCACGCAGUUCGCGCGUUCACUUGAAUACGGUUAUAGUUAUUGUUAUGAUGUCGAGUAAUGUAUAUAAUAAUAAUAUAUCGAAGAUAUUGUACUCAACGAAAUGCACAUUACCUGUAUCGUCGUAUAAAUCAAUAUUUGCACCAUAAAGCAAUAAAAAUUAAACCUGAUUAGAUAAAACAAAUGUCAAAUAAAAAUAUCAAUUAUACAUACAUAUGUGUAAAUCGAGGAGAGUGUCAUCUUACAAUUAGUAGUAAUUCUAACCUUACCCGACAUAGGUGACCAAUAUUAUUACGUUAUUAACUACUGUGUAUUAUAUCGCGUUUACAAAAUUAUAUUUGAACAUUUUCAAUGAAAUACCAAUUUCAGUUUAAAUAUAUUAUACCUACACACAUAGUAUUGUUUCGAUUAUAGUCGAUUCCGGUACGCAACAAUUUGUUAAAUACAACGGUUUUUAAAUUUUAAUUCCGUAUAAUUCGGGUUUUUUUUUUCAUUAUUAUUAAUUUAACAAACAAAAUGCAAUACACCAAAAUAAAAAUAAUCGAUAGCAAAAAUGGUAAGUAAAAUUAUUAGUAUGUAAGAUGGAAAAAAUACUGAUACACCUGUAUUAACAUUGAUUUCGUUAUAAAACCUGCAAUGUAUCUCGUACGUGUACAAAUAUAUUUUACCAACUACACUAUAAUAUGUGUAUACAUUGGUUACAUUUGAAAAUAGAUUUUUUUUUUUAAAAAAUAUGAAUUGUUUUCUCUUUUGGUGUACAAUGAGUAAAUGUAUAAUUUUGAUUAGGCCCUCCCGAUCAGGAUCUCGACAUGGGCGAUAAGGACAAUAAUAACCAAGAAAAAGGAUACAAUCCGAAUUAUUUGUUCGACGAACAAGAAGACCUAAAAAAAGUAAAUUAAUACGUAUUUUAUACCAUACGAAUAAAUCCUGAUCCGUAAUUAAAUAUUACGAGUGUCAUUAUUUAAUGCUAAAUUACCUGUAACAUUGUUGUGUUAUCUUGAUUUUCCACAGAAAACUAGCGUCUCGUGGAUUCUCGUUUUAACGGCCAUAAGCGCUAGUUUAGGCUGUUCGAUUCCUGCCGGGUACAACAUCGGAGUAGUAAACGCUCCAGCAGAAGUGAGUACUCGAAAUUCCCUCGUGCCACGAUUAUUAUUAGGUGUUCAAUUAAGAAACUCGACAUAACAAAAACUAUUAUCUUGUUAAUCAGGUGUUGAAACAAUGGUGUAACGAAACGAUCAUACACCGCUAUGGUGUCCAAUUCACUGCGGCUCAACUCGACGGCCUCUGGUCCAUACUGGUGUCGGUGUUUUUAAUCGGAGGAAUCGUGGGCGGUAUAGCUGGUGGACGGUUAGCCGAUGUAUUAGGCCGGUGAGUACGGAUGGUUUUUUUUUUAUAUAUAUAUGUAAUGUCUAAAAUAUAUGUGUUACUCGAUCCGAAAUAUUAAUUUUGUAACUGUUACUUUCGCGCUUAAAAAUUUCAACAUGUUAUAUUAUGUACGUUGUUAAUUUAUAAUAAUAAUAUCGUAUUAUCAUAGUCAAUUAAUCUAAUAAUUACGAAGGAUAACACAAGGAGUCAUAAAACGAUUUGUUAUCUGCGAAAAUAAAAUAUAAUACUUUAUAAUACCUGAAGGUACCUCAGUACGAGGAGACACUAAGCAUAAUACGAUUAAAAGAAUUAUUCGUUUAAACGUCUAAUUUUGCUUAGUAAUGAAUAGGUUUAUAUAAUUAUUAUUUUUUUUUUUUCAUACGAUCUCAUAGGGAGAUAAUAAUAUUAACUGCCUAUUUGUUGCUCAAAAAUUAAAAGAUGCGAGCAUUAUACGGUCGCGCCUUAUUUCUAAUCGUGUAGACUACUAAGUAGUCAACAGCACUGCGCAUUUUUUGCGCGGUUCUUACGCCGUUUUCGUUAAUGUCGUACGGCAUUCCGCGUACACCUAAUGCAUAUACGGACUUUUUUUUGUCAAAAAUGUUGUUGAAACUUGUACCAUAAUAUUAGUUAAAUAUUAUAAUUGCAUUUUGGUAUGAAUUUAUUAACACACAUUUUCUUCAAUAAAACAAUACCCAACUUCAGCAUAGUUCGUAACCAAUUUUAUGCCCCAAUCGUAUACAAUAUACGUACCUAAUUUAAAAACGAUUUGUUUAAACAGACGUUUGUAUUCUACGAACAAUACUCACCUACUUUAUGUAAAUAGUUGUGAACAUUUUAAUGAGUGAUCCUUUAUUAUUUUAUUGUUGUAAAAAUAUCAAUAAAUGUCCGUAGUAAGAUGCACAAUAGACCAAUAAUUAUUAUUAUUAUAUGAUAUUCAUUAUUCAAAAAUUCAAUAAAAUGUACAAACUCAUAAUAUUGUAUUAUUAAUUUAUAACUUAUACUUCAAAUUCAGUUGCAAUUUAGUAUGAGCAAUAUUAACAUUUUUUAGUGAUUUUUUUUUUUUGUUAAUUUUUUAUGAAAACAUUAAUGAACUGUGCACAUUAAACAAUUUAUAUUUUCAUAAAUUUAUUAAAAUGUUUAAAGUUGUAUACAUAUUUUAAUGUUGUGCUAAAAUGUUUUUAUUUUUUUUUUUUUUUUGCAGGAAAGGAACUUUAAGACUGAUAUACCUAUGUAAUUUGUUAUCCGGUAUCCUAUUUUUAAACUCUAAGUCAUUUGCUCUUGUAGAAAUAUUCUUUAUUGCACGGCUUUUAUCUGGUCUAUCUGCUGGUGAGUUAUAAAAGUUAUUACCUUUAUCGUACAUUUUAAACUCUAAGUUUUGUCCACCGCUAAGUAAGUGGAUAAGUUUUCCCUGAUGAACGAUAUUAACUAUUUCAAUGUUCAUCAACCCGAAAACAUAAUAUAAACUUACACUUACAUGAAACUUUUUAGCUGUAGAUUUAUAGUGUUUAGCUUUGGAAUCUUAAACAAAUAAUACAUUGUUUUCACUAUCGUAGUUUCUCCAUUGAGUAGUGCCUUCACUAUAUUUGAUAGCGAUCUAUGUAAUUUUAUUCUAAAUAUAUUAUAUAAAUCCACGCUUUUUUUCUUCUACUAUUUAAUAGAUUAAAAGUAUUUAAAAAUUUAAGUUUCAAAAAAUAUUUUAUCCUAUUUUGAAUGUAAAAUUAAUUUAUGUUUCUUAUGAUUUUAGGAAUCACAAUGGCAAUGGUACCUAUGUAUUUAUUAGAGUUGGCACCCGCAGAUAAAAGUGGAGUAUUCGGCGUGGUAUUUACAAUAGGUCUGAAUUUCGGAGUGUUGUUUUCUCAGUUUCUAGGUCUUGAAAAUCUCUUAGGCAAGUGAACGUUUUUUUUUUUUUUUAAUUAUUAGAAUGAUAAUAAUAUUAUUAUUUAAUAUGUAUAUAGUAAUAUUAUAUAAAACAAUUUUUUAAAAGUGUUGAAAUUUAAGUAACUAAAAUGUUUUUUUUUUUUUUUAGGAAGUGAAGCGUCGUGGCCUUUCUUGUUUAGUUUAUUUGCUGGUUUAGUAAUAUUAGCAAUUUGUACAUUACCUUUUAUACCCGAGAGUCCUAAGUAUUUAUAUACCGUGUGCAAUGAAUAUGGCCAAGCUUUACUGGGUAUAUAUUUUAAUCGUUAUCUAUAGUUGAAAUAAUUAUUGUUUUCCAAUUUUUCCAACGUGGCUUAGGCUAUAUUAAUAUUCACAAAAUAUCGCAGAUUACCAACGCUAAAACGUGAUUUAUUAACAGAGUGUACUUGAUUUUUAGAAUUAAGUCAUUUAAGAGGAAUGCCGUCCAGCGAAGUGAGUUGGGAGUUGGACAAUUUGCUUGUUUCCUCAGAAAAAUGGUCUCUCAAAAGAGUCAUACACGAACCUAUCACGUAUAAAGCUCUAAUAAUUACCUGCAUAAUAAUGUUGGGCCAACAGCUGUCCGGAAUUAACGCAGUAAUUAUUUACUAUGUUUAUUUUAUAUUCUGAGCAUAGCGGGGAAAAUAUUGGCUUUCCUAUGGUGUGUGGUUAUUAUGUUUUUUUUCUGUCUGUGAGCAACUUUUUUAUCAAAAUCUUGCUCCAAUUAAAAUAUGCCAAGAAACGGUUUUUGUUGCGUAUUUUGAAUCUACUUGGUACAUUAAGAAGAUCAUUUUUUGAUUUUUUUAAAGCAUUUUGAGAAAACUAAAAAAUAAAUCUUAUAGGAAACAUUGAACAAAUAUUUACGACGCCGUUAAUGAUUUCAUUAUUUCCAUUUUUAUUUUUAAACUAAAUUUCUUGCUACAAUGUUCUAAAGUAGUAUAUUUUCUGAAAGAAAAUUUUUUCUAGUUGAAGUAUAUUAAAGUUGAUUUUUGACUAAAAAAAAAAAAAUUGUAAGGUAACAGUUUUUAUUUUAAAACCAUUUUAAGAUCAAAUUUUAACAGAAAACGUGGAAAUUACGGCAUUUCAAAAUACGUACCUACAAUCAAACUUCGAACAGACUAAUUUUUCGUUAGCAAUUUAUUUUUUGUAAAUUUUGAAUUGCUUAAUAAUAUUACAAUAUAUAGACACUUGAUAUCAUAUUUUUAUAAUUAUUUUUUAGGUAUUUUACUACUCAACGUCGAUUUUCAAAAGUGCGGGCAUGAGCACUGCCGGAGCUCAGUACGGGAAUUUAGGCGCGGGACUGAUCAACUUCGUAGUGACAAUUGUGUCGACUACGUUUAUCGACAAUUUCGGACGUAAAACAUUGCUGUUAUCUAGUAGCAUUGCAUGUGCAAUUAUGCUGACGGCAUUAAUGACUUCAAUGAUUUUAUCAUCUGUGGUAAGAGUUGCGAUUUUUUUUAAGUUUUAUACCACGCACCAUCAUAGGCGUGUUUAGACUUUCGUGACUGGAGAGGCAGACGCCAAAAUUUUUUAGGAAUCCUCAGUAAAUAAAUAAGAACUUAUGAUACCUAAACAUCUUACAAACUAAAAAAAUAGAUUAUUACCCAAUUAUUGUCCUAUUGAACCAAUAUUAUUUGUUGUCUUAGUCUGGCCCAGUGUUUUGAAUUGUCACUAAAAUAGUGAACGCGUUCACGUUCACAUUCAUUGCCUAAUAAAACGAACUCAUUCAGUUUUUCCCAGAAGAUCCCUAGAUAUCAAAAUUAUUAUUAUGGAUCUUAUUUUCUAAGACCGUGUUUCGGAGCUUAAUAAUUUAUAUUACAUAAUAUUAUAAUUUUACAUUGUUAUUAUUGUUAUUUUGAAGUUUUGACUUCUGUUACUGCUAGUGUUGAAAAUUUGAUAACGUCAAGUUUGCGUUCAGUAAAAUCAAUUUUGCGCCGUUAUGGCUUAUUAUCAUUUAUCAGACUUAAAAUUACGGGCAUUGUCUGUGUUUGUACGUUCUGUUUUUUUCUCGAUAUUUUAAUUUUUAAGCGAGGCACAAAGAUUUUUUAAAUUUUAAUAUUUAACAUGUCGAUUAAUUUUUAUACUAAAAUUAACAGCAUACAAUUAGAUCUACAAUAUUGGAUAAUUUUGAUAUUAUCCAAUUUUCAACAUUAACCGUAUCAUAUGUUUAUAAUAUGCAAUAUAAUAUAUAAUAAUGAAUAAGGUUUGAAAUUCAUUUAGACCACGAUACCCGGAUUGUCAUACUUCACGAUAGCGUUCGUUCUUGGUUACGUUUUAUUCUACGGAAUCGGUCUAGGGCCAAUCCCGUUCUUUAUCGGAUCAGGUUAGUCGUUUAAACAAUACUAUAAUACUAUGAUACAGGGUGGUUCACUAAGCGUGUUCACCUCAUUUUUUUUGGUUAAAUUUACCUAAUGUAUUCAAAUUCUGAUUUUUGGAAUUUUUAAGUGUAGUCAAAGCCAAUAUUUUCGAGUACUUAUAUUUUUCACAACAUUUAAGAAGUUCAAGGUAGGAGCGUAGUGGAGCACUAUUAAAACGCCGCACGUCGUAUCGUCACACUACUAUCCCCCUACCUUAACUUAAAAGUCGAAUAUUUCGUCAACGGUUUGACGGAAAUCAAAAAUGUUGACACAAAAAUGUAUUUAAAUUAAUACUCCAUCUAUUCAUGGAAUUUUUAAUAUAGGUUCUCAAUUGAAAAACUAAAGUUGGUAUCGCCACUCGAUAUUCCUUAAAUGUUGUGAAAAAUCUAAGUAUUCGAAAAUAUCGGCUUUAAGUACACUUAAAAAUUCUAAAAUUUAGAAUUUGAAUAUUUUAUGAAAAAAUUUAACCAAAAAAGUGGGGUAAGCACGCUUAGUGAAUCACUCUGUAUAACAAGCAUAUUAUAAAUAAAACAGAUUUUAACUCUUUUAUUUUUUUUUUAUUUAUAGAACUAACAGACGUCGGACCUAGACCAAUCAUAAUGUCAGCGAUGAGCGUCGCUAAUUGGUCUGGAAAUUUUUUGGUAGGACUAUUAUUUCCUUUGGUCAACCUGAUUCUCAAACAAUACUGUUUUUUUCCAUUCAUCGCCGCUAUUGUAUUUAUAAUUAUUUUUACUUGGUAAUUAUUUGAAAUUAAUUUUAGUAGUCCUAAACUAUAUUAUAAUACGUGCAGUGUCGUAGCCAUGAUUUAUCAACGGGCGGGGGGUUAGGGUGCCUAGCAGGUUUAUGGGUCUACAACCUUCUUAACCUUAUCUAAAACUAAGAAAAAGCGAUAGGGGUGGUUAAAACACCUAAAACUCCCUUGGGUACGCCACUGAAUACGUACAUGCAUAUAGGUAUAUCACCUAAUUAUUAUUUCAAUUUUAUUCGAUUCGCAGGAAAGUUGUUCCAGAAACCAAAACUUUUUCCAGUGAAAAUGUACUGAGCCCUCCUAUCAAAGAAUAAAAGUUGAAAUCCUUUUGGUUUUAACUUGAAAUCGAGAUAAAUAUUUUGUCUGUGAUUUUAAUACAUAUUGAUUUAUUAAGAAUCGCAUUUAAAUAACGUGCUACAAGCUAAUAUGUUUAAUUAUUUAAAA